UCUUAACCUCCAUAGAAUCCAAUCUGUCAAACUUAAUUGUUUUGAUCCCAGAACAUAUUAAUAACAAUAAAAAUGUUGAUAUCAUUAAGAGCUGACCACAAAGAACAUUUAAAUUUAUUGACAUCACAGCCAGUGGGUGUUAUUGUGGACUUUUGCAAACUGGCAAUAGACUUUUUACAAAAUGGCCCUAAUGAGAAACGAUACAGCACUGCAGCAAGUAAACUUAAUGUAGAAACGGAUAAUGUGCAAAACUGCAUAUACGGUUUAAUCAAUUUAUUGUUGCUUAGUUGCAAACAUAAAUUGAGUGAAGCAGACUUUCGAGACUCUGUUUUAACAUUGGGUUUUACUCAAGAGCAACAAGCAGUUUUAAGUAAAUUUUAUGAAUCUAAACAGGCUGAAAUUCAGCAAAUUUUGGCCAAACUGUCAGUAAGUGAGCCACACUACAAUGAUCUGCAGUGGAGAUUUGAAGUUCAGGUUGCCUCAAGGUCUUUAUUACAUCAAGUUACACCUAUAGUUACUUUAGAUUUAUCAUUAAAAAAUGUCCAGCAAAAUGAACAAAAGACUGAACAUAUUUUUUUACAAACUGACCCAACAAACCUCCUUCAUAUAGCCAAUGAAUUGGAAAAAGCAUUGGCUGAAUCCAGGAGUAGACAUUCCAGAAAAAUUCAAAGGGCUUUAUGUAGUUAAUAAGUUUCAUAUAAUUAAAUAUUUACUGCCUUAUGUAA